CGAUAGUUUCUUCAACUUGGUGGACGUGCCCCAAUCCUAAGCAAAAGUCUAGUGUCUAGAGUGAAAUAAGGAUUUUCUCAAAGUGUUAAGGAUAGUAAUGAAACCGAUUGUCAAGUGCAUUGUUUAGCUCGAGGAUGAAUAUAAAUUCAAAUUCUAUUGCACGUUAAAAUCUAGUAGUGAAUGAAAAGACGGAUAUAAUGUGCAAACGUUUUGUGUGAUGGUUUUUGUUGUUGAGUCGUCUAUUGGUUUAGUGUAAAAGUGCAACAAACUUUACCCUCUGUGAAUGUGAUGUUGAAAAUGUAUAUAUAGGUAAUAAAAUGCGCUUUAUAUAGACUUAGACGUUAGAUAUCGCUUCAUCGCUGGGCGGGCGUCCGUCGUCUUCGUAGUCGUCGUGGGGUCCUCAACUGUCUCUUACAGCCUGUAUUAAUCGCAUGUCCUUUGGGUCAUGUGUUGUACAUAGCUUGUCCUGCUGCUACUGAUGUUAUAAAAAAAAAUAAAAAUAUGAAUUGUCCGACGAGGACUUGCUACUAUAAGGACAUGCAAUGCAAUCAUUAUUAAAAAUUCAUCAAUAUACUCGAACUCGCACUACCUUACCUAUACUGCUGGUAGGCUCUCUCUCUAUUGGACUCGUAGUUUCGGUCGGUCAAAUUGUCUAUGAGAUUGCACGAUAGACAAUCAAGGAUUUAGUGCUUUUCCAAGAGCGAUAUAGUGAAUGACUUUCCUGGAAAGAACUCCAGACUUCGUGUUCGUGAGCAAUGUGAUAAAUUUAAGUGACAGUCUUCUACAAAAAUUAUACUGAAAGUACUCGUAAGUGCGGCACUGACGACGACGGAGCGCGACGCGAAGGGUGGUGUUUGGCGGUCGGUGAUUCGAUCAAAAAGCUGCAAUUUUUAUACUCCUGUCAUUUUGCAAAGGACACUGGCCAUUUAGUUUGUUUAGAAAUGUAUGGAGUUUUGGAAUUUCACAUCCUAUAUUCAUCAUUUACAUGCAUGACUGGAAAUUUUUCGAACAUGGAGACUUAAUUAUAACUCCUACACUGCACAGUGCACAGUGCUUAACAAAUACCAUACUCUUUUUAGUUCAGUGCGGUGCGGAUUUGUGUUGUUGACUUGGCUUUUUGAGUUUUGAAUAAAGCUUUAAUUAGUGAGAAUUUGUGUUUAGUUCCAGUUGCGGGUCAGAGUGCAAUAAUAAAAUGCCACCGAAAAGGAAAAAACGUUUUCAUGGAUUGUAUUAUCAUUCUUCACCUCCCAGGGUCUUACCAAUGAACGCUCAGGCACCAGUUGAAACAAAAAAGAAAAGCGCUGAUGAUUUUUCCAUAAGAUUGUCCACCAUUCGGAUAUGGAUGCAUGAAAAAGAUAUUGGAAAAUUGACAAGGGUCCUGUGGGCGGGUCAAGGAAACCGAUUGAGACAGCAGGCGAGUACGAAUCCGAAAGUGAAGCGGUUCUUAGCAGCAGUCCCCUAUGUGAUGAAUUCGAUUAAGGAUGUCCAUCAAUCAGUUGUGGACAACAGUUUAGAAACUCUUCAAGCUACAAUGGAAUCGAACGUGCCUCCGACUCUAAUUACGUGUAAGGAUGCAAAUGGUUUGAAUGUGAUGCAUAAGGCAGCCGGCUUGGGUCAUACCAUGAUGUUGGAGUAUUUACUGGGUAUUUGGCCAGAUGGCGCUCAUGAGACAGAUAUGACGGGAAAGACAGCUUUACAUUGGGCUGCUAGUGCUAAAAAUAAUAUGCGAUGUUACACUCUUUUGACACAAGCUGGCUGUGAAGAAGAUGCUUUAGAUUAUAAAAUGAAAACUCCGCUAUAUUACAAGCAAAAACACAACGAAAUUGAACGGUCCUUCCUGACACAGGUGCCGGAAGCACCACGUGUUUCACAGGACAUCCCGGUUGAUUGGGAAGCUUUGGCUAGUGAUGAUAAUAGUGAUGAUAGAAAGAAACCUGAGAUAAAUAUUCCAAAUGGAAGAAGGAGGUCUGAUAUUUUGGGAAAUAGUGUAAAUCUUUUGACAUCUCGUUCAGAAGCAAACAGUAUUGAGAACACUUCAGAGCCGGAUCUUUUUCAAGGCGACAGUGUCAAUGAAGAACAUCCCGAACCAGCUCUCGAAGAAUCGGAAUCCAAAGAUGACCUAGACCAAGCCAUCGAAAACGGUCAUAUGACAAACAGUGAAGUAGACAUUUCAGAAUCUGAUCCUGCAAGUCCAUCAAAAACUCCUGAAGAAACCUCGAAUCUUGACAAUGAAGUCGAACCCGAAGACGAGCAACCUGAGAAACUACCAGAAAAAGAGAAUGUUGGAAAUGCUUUGAAUGAUCAUAAUAACAAUGAUGAAAAUGCUGUUAACGAAGCAGAACUCAAAGAAAGUGAAAACAAUGAUAAGAGUGAUGAUAAUGAAGAAAGAGACAACAAUGGUGAUGAAGGUAACAGGGUUAGUGAAAAAGAUGAAGAACACGAAAAUAAUGAAAAAGAAAUUGGUGAACAAGAAGAUAAAGAAGACGAAAAAGAAGAUGAAGAAAAAGAGGAAAUAAAAAAACAAGUGGAAGAGAAAGAAAAGGAGGAUGAAAAUGUAGAAAACAAAGAUGAAAAUGAAGAUAAAAAAGAUGAAGAAAAGACUGAAGUAACCGAUAGUAUUAAGGACAACAAUGAGAAACUUGAUGAAAAGGAUAUCAAUCCUGAAGAACAAAUGCAAAAUGGAAAAGAAGAAAUCGAAUCAGAGGAAAUUCCAAGUGCUGACGAAACAAUCCCUAAAAGUCCUGAAAAAGGAAAUAAUGAGGAACAUGAAUCAGCAUCACCUUUGACAGAAAAGACUCAAGGAAAUGAGAUUCAAUCAGAUGAAAAUCAGUCAAAACCUACUGUUUCGGAGGAACAACCAUUAGCAGAUGCAGUUAGUAGUAUAGAUAGUAUUUCAAAGUCAGAAACACCAGUAAAAGAACAAGAAUCACCAGAACCAGAAACUCAUAAGACUUCUUUUGAGCAAUCUUCUUCACCAGAAAAUACUAAAUCAGAGAAUUCUCAACCAGAACGCCCACAAUCAAUCAAAUCUGUAACUGGGUCAUCUCAUUCAGAUGACUCUCAACCUCAAAAAUUAGAUGCGAGUCCCCAAAAAACAGAUGAAAUCCCAGUUAAAAUGAUAGAUAAAGAAAACAAGGAAUCCAAUAACGAGAAACCUAAUGAAAAAGAUAAAAAGACGGACGAAGAAGAAGACGACGACGAUGAUGAUGAUGAUCAGGAUCUAGAGAUUAAACGAAUAGACACACCACCACCCAUCAACCAUCACCAACAAUCUCAAAUUGACGAAAAUGAAAACAAUCCUGACUUUGACGAUAAGAUGAUCUCCGAGUCACCAACAUCAUCAAUGGCUAUCGAAGGAUUCAUCCGUGGUGAUUCUGAGGAUAAUCAAGUUCAGUCAGAAAGUGCAGCUUACUUAGAUGAUGAAGAACGAUAUAUUGAAGCAAUUAUAAAUUCUGGAGACAUGGAACAGCUUGCUGCAUUGGUUUUGAAUGGGGAUGGUAAAAAGAUUAUGAAUAAAAAAUCUUCUAAGCCAGAAAUUCAAGCAUUUUUGACAAAUGUUCCAGCUUAUAUGGAUAAAAUAUCACGUGUUCAUGAGGCGGCUAGACAAGGAACUUUAUAUCAAUUACAAGCUGCAUUGGACAGACGGAAAUUUGCAAUUGCUAAAGAUGAAUCUUCACCUUGUGGAGCAUCACCACUUCAUGUUGCUGUCUUAUUUGGACACUCAGAUAUCGUUCGUUAUCUAGCUGGACGAUUCCCGGAAACAACUAGCGCCGUUGAUGAUGAUGGCCGAACGGCGCUUCACUAUGCUGCAACAAUAAACGAUAAUGGACAUUUCUUCAACCUCCUAUCGCAUUUGGGAGGCAAUCCUAAGGCAACUGACAAAUUGGGAAAUACAGCAGAGUUCUAUAUGAACGAUGAGCGGGCCAAGGAUGUCCUUACGUACAGGCAAUUGUUGAAACGAUUCGGUUCAGAAGAGCUCGAGGAUGAAAUGCUCAGCGAUCAAGUACCGGAUGACUUGCACAGUUCUCGUAGGAACAUACUUGACAUUGAUGUUGCAACAACCUUAGAACGAUGUUUUUCGGUAAUACAGGAAUCUAGUAAAUGUCUCAGCAGCGCAACAGCUUCAGCUGUUGCAACUCAACGGAGACCCAGAAGCGCUUCGUCUCAACCACUAACAGUUACAAGUAACUUAGGUAAAUUUCUUCGACGAAGUGUGUUCGAUAAAAUUAAGAAACGCCAAACCCGUCUCGAUCAUAAUUUAUUUGACGUGAUUUGGCCAGCAAUGCGGAAAGUCACUAGAGAACGAAGAUUUGACGAAGAGUUGAAUUCUGGUAUCAUUGCACCCGAUUAUGAUGUUUAUGUAGUAUUCCAGGAGUUUCUAGUGCCACUGAUAAAGGACAUGCAUUGUCUCAACAUAAGUAGUGAUUUCAAGCCGCAUCCAAGGAUUUUUUACUUUCCCCUUGCCAAUGGUGAGCGUAUGACCAACAUACCAUUUGUACUGAACGACGAAUCAAAACUGAUUACUCAGUGUUCGGUUGAGUGCUCAAGGAACCUGGACUUCCUUGAACUGCCGUUGAAUUUGAAUGUGGCACAAAUUGAACACGCCGAAAGAACUAUGAUGGGGAAGAUAUUUACAACGAACUUUGCCAAAGCUAUCGGUGACCGGGAAACUGGAAGCUAUUACACUCUGAAUGAGGUCCUUGAAGACAACUCAGCUAUAAGGAAGAUGUUAUCGGAUGCUGGAUUGUUGAUAUCGAAUUUGGAGGUGAAAAAUCGGGCUGAGGAAGCCGAAAGUCAAGCCUACAAUGGUCAGCUGUGGCCGUAUGGACGAGGAGUAUUUGUGAACUCAGAACAAAAUCUAGCCCUCUGGUUGAAUUGUCAAGAACACCUUAGGAUUAUCGCUUCGAAUGGUAGACUUGAAGCCUCCAAUAUUGGAAGUGUUUAUAGUAAAGUUGGGCGAGCGGUGACGUUUCUCGAGACUCAGUUGCAUUUCAAAGAGAGCUACCUCCUGGGAUAUCUUGCUGCAAGGCCACAUUUCCUGGGAACUGGUCUUAAAAUAACUACAACCAUUCAAUUGCCAAACCUAAUUAAGGAAAUCGAUAAUUUGCGACAUUUGUGUUCAGUCCGAGGACUGCUAAUGAUGAGUAGCGAUCUCAAAAACUCGGUUCGUCUCGUAAAUAUGCAAAGUCUAGGUGCUACCGAAUUGUUACUCUUCAAGGAAUACUGCACAGCUGUAGUGAAUAUCAUUUCAUUAGAGAAAGACAUGUCGUUGACAAAUUCAAAACACAUCGCCUCAAUGUUGGUCAAAAUAUUUAGACGAAAAAAGAACAGUUUAAUUGAUAGGACUUAGAAACAAGAAACUAUUUUAAGCUAAAGGUUUUUUGUUUUGUUCUUGUUUGUUUGUUUUUUUCAUUGUUGUAGUUUUAAAAUGUUAUUCUUUUAAUGCGCCUUCAGUUUUUUUCUUUAAUACAUAAAUGCAUUGGUCUUGUAUUAUACAAAGUUUUAUUCCUAUAAACCUACCAAACAAAAAUUAUAUUAAAUAC